AUGUAUCUUUUCGCUAUUAUAUCUUCUCUGAUUUGCACUCAAUUACUAUCAACAGCAUCAAGUGAUACAAACGCUGUCAAUCCAAGUUUUCUAUCAGAUGUUUUAACACCAUUACCAACAACAUUAAACAGUAAAGAAACUUUGAAUAAUGAUAAUCAAAAUGAUGAAGAAUAUGUUCAUUAUCCCCGAUUGAUAUCAUUUUUAAGAUUUGGUCGACAAAUGCCAUCAGGAUCAACAUCAUUUCUUCGUUUUGGUCGUUCACAUCCGUUCAUUUUUCGAUUUGAUCGUGGUGGACAAAAUGGAGGACAGUUUCUCCGUUUUGGUCGACAAAAUCAAAGAUUAGCUUCGAACAAAUUUCUUCGUUUCGGCAACAAUGGCGAUUUUCUAAGAUUUGGUUAA